AUGCCUAAACACUAUUGUGAUUACUGCGACGUUUUUCUUACUCAUGACUCUGCUUCAGUUCGCAAGGCUCAUAAUAGCGGCAGGAAUCACUUGGCCAACGUGAAAGACUAUUAUGCAUCUCUCGGUCACGAUAAAGCUCAAAAUAUUAUUGACCAAAUCACUUCAGCUUAUGAGAGCUCAGGAGGCCCUCCGGCUGGUGGUUUUGGCUUUGGUCCCCAGCAUUUGGGUGCUCCUCCACCCGGAUUCCCCGGACAGAUGCCUCCGCCUAUGGCAUCAGGCCCACCACGACCACCGUUCCCUCCCGGACCAGGUUUCCCUAUGAUGCCCCCUCCUCCUGGCAUGGGACCGCCAGGCUUCCCUGGAGGUCCUCCGCCAUUUCCACCUAACCUUCCUCCCGGGGCUCGACCGCCUUUCCCGCCCAAUGCUCCUCCGGGUGGGCCCGGGCCUGGUCCCAACAGCACGGGUCCGCCACCUCCAGGUCCUGGUAAUUUUAUUCCGCCUCCCAACACUUUCGGUUCGCCGCCCCCCAACUUUGGCCCAUCGCCAGGUGCUUUCAACAGCCCAUCUCCAAGCCAGGGCAGUGGGCCGAGCAUACACCCUGAUCGUCUGAAGAUGAUGGGAGUUCAAAGAUGA